CAGGUGAUGUUACUUGGAGAUUCGGGCGUGGGGAAAACCUGUUUCCUGCUCCAGUUCAAAGACGGGGCCUUUCUCUCCGGGACGUUCUUAGCCACCGUGGGCAUAGAUUUCCGGAACAAGGUGGUGGCCGUGGAUGGCGUGAAGGUGAAGUUGCAGAUCUGGGACACAGCAGGACAGGAGCGUUUCCGCAGUGUCACCCAUGCCUACUACAGGGAUGCCCAAGCCCUGCUCCUGCUCUACGAUAUAACCAGCAAGAUGUCCUUCGACAACAUCCGCGCCUGGCUGACGGAGAUCCACGAGUAUGCCCAGAAGGACGUGGUCAUCAUGCUGCUGGGCAAUAAGGCCGACGUGAGCAGCGAGAGGGCUGUGAGGACGGAGGAUGGGGCCUCGUUGGCCAAGGAGUACGGGGUGCCUUUCAUGGAGACGAGCGCCAAGACAGGCAUGAACGUGGAGCUGGCAUUUCUGGCCAUUGCUAAGGAGCUGAAGCAGCGCGCAGUGCAGCAGCCGGAUGAGCCCCGCUUCCACAUCCAUGACUACAUCGAGUCACAGAAGAAGAAAAAUCCAGCUGCUGUGCCUUCGUCUGAGGGCGGCCGGGAGGAGCCAGCAGCCCGGGGGAUGCAGACCAGGGGCCCAAUCCUGCCCUCAAGCACCCGAGGCUCUGAUGAGCCAAGCAUGGACAAGACAAUAUGA